AUGGUCAUGUUUAUCCAAGUUGGCUUUCAAUUCAGUGGCGGAAACAUUAUUACCUACUACAACACAUCGAUUCUGUCAUCUAUCGGGCUUACGGCGCCUUCUGUCAACUAUCUCUUGUCGGGAAUCUACGGACUCGUCAAGUUCAUCGCAGUGCUUCUUUACUGCCUGUUCUUCAUCGACCGUUUCGGACGACGUAUGGGACUUUUCAUUGGUUCCGGUCUUAUCAUUGGGUCUCUGACGUACAUGACCGUCUAUCUGGCUGUUGCCAGCCCAUCAGGAGCCAAUGGUACUGGUCCGGCUGGAUGGGUAGCAGUCGUAUGCAUCUACAUCUUUGCCCUUGGGUAUGCGAUCAGCUGGGGAACUAUUCCGUGGAUCAUCAACGCCGAAGUCUUUCCCACGAAGGUCCGUGGUAGUUGCAUGGCAAUCUGCAUUACCUGGCAAUAUCUUGUCAACUUCGCGCUCUCGCGCGCGCAGCCUAACAUGGUGAUUGCCAUGCACUCAUGGGGCCCGUUCCUUCUGUUCACCAUAUUCACCACCAUUUCCACGACAUACUGCUAUUUUGCGUACCCGGAGACGAAGGGAAUGUCCAUGGAGAAAAUGGGUCAACUUUUCCAGAUGCCCUGGUACGAGGUCGGAAAGUCGAGUCUUGCCAUUGUCAACUCUCAGAAUGCCCAGUCCGGCGGGUCGGAUGAAGAGAAGGUAAUGGUUGUAACGGCGGAAGAUGCACACGAGCAUGAGGACAGCGCGAAGCAGACACGAAAGGAGUAA